UAGUCAUGAUAUCGGCCAUUUAUGUUUGUUUUGUUCAUUAGCGAUUUUGACGUUUUUCGAAUGUGGAGAGUUAAAUGGCUAUUUAAUGUGACUUAAAUAACUCGGUUGUACACACUUCAAGUUAAUCAUUUCAAAGUGAAACUUCCCCUAGAUCGGCUAACAAUGAAAUCGUUUAUUUGUGCUUUAUUGUGUUUAUGUCUGGUGGUGAGCCUUCAGGCAGCUGCUGUGGAACCAGUGGUGGAAGAAGUGAAAACCGAUGUACAGCCCGCAAGUGUUACUGUGGCUCCUGCCAUGGAAUUGUCCACCGAUGAGGAUUGCCAUCAGCCCAAAGAGACCGGACGUUGUUAUGCCCUUUACUAUCGCUACGCCUAUGAUGUAGAGAAACGUGAAUGCGUUGAAUUCAUUUAUGGUGGCUGUGCCGGAAAUUCUAAUAACUUUGAAUCCAAGGAAGCCUGUGAGGCCAAAUGCAUUAAAAAAUCCGAAGAAAAGGAUGCUGUACCGGCUGAAUCGACCCCUGCCAAUAUUGCUGAUAAGACCGAAGAGGAAUCAACAGUUAGCUCGACGGUGCAACCUCCUUCAAGCACAGCAGAAAGCGAAGCUUCUUCAUAAAUAAUUGUGGAUGUGAAUAAGAAUUUACUUUCAUUUCAUCAAAAGUAUUAUUGGAGGCAAUGAAAUGAUUCCUAGUAUAAUCAAGAAUCAUUUGCACGCCAUACAUUGUUGUUGAUUUUUUUGUAUCAUAUUUUGAA